CCCCCGUGCCACAGGUGCAGACAGUGAGCGGCGCCCUGCUCUGGAAGCCAGCACAGAGCAUGUGCAGAAGGAUGUGGUUGAGUUUCUGAGUGGAACAGAAACUCUCCAGUUCAUGCCUGUAACUUACCUUGGGUCUGGGUAGAGCACAACAGGAAUAGACACGGGGUUUUAAUUUCUUCUCCCCUGUAGCAUCUAAAAGGUGAGUGUGUGGCUCAAGAUGAUUGGAGUUUCUUAGGCGAUUGGCCCAGGGAUGUGAACUAGAAGGUUCAAGGAAAAAAGAAAAUAUCAGGCAAGAUAUUUUGUAGUAAUCAUGUAGUACCCAUAGCGUGCUCCAGGUGCAGAGACUGACUCUUCCUGCUUCAAGGAGCAUACAGUCUGAAAUGACAAUAAUCUUACUACAACUUGCACUUAGAUAAAGCUCUUCAUCCAAGGAUCUCUGUAAACGCAUUUAGAAAGAUGGCUGUGGCUAUCUCUGGGUUUAUAGAUGAGGAAACUGAGGCCCACAGAGGUGUAAUGGCUGCCUCAAGCCAGUAGCUGAACAAAAAUAAAUCUCUAUUUAGUAUUUAGAACGUUUGCAAUUCAAAUGGAAUUUCUAGCAACCAAAGGGGUCAUGUCCACACUGGGUACUGUGCUGGCUGUUCUAGCUAUAGCUGUUUUUCAACACGGUUCUGGUCUGGAAUCUGCACAACUGGGUAGAUGUUAUUUUCUGAGAAUCAUGCUGGAGUCAAUCCCCAAAGCACUUAGUAAAUUUAGCGCUGUUUUGUAAUGUGGUUCAAAGACCAAACUCCCUUUUAUCCAUGCUGAUGAGGGAAAGUGGUAGACCCCUAUGAGCCAUAUUUUUCACAGGCAAUGAAAUGCUUUUCUUGAACACACUUUUUUGGGGGAACGUGGGGAGCACUUGAUCCUCCAACCAUUUUAUAAAACUAUAAUAUAAUUACCUACACUAUUGGGACAGCAUGAGUAGCAGGAUGAAACUCCCCUAUUCACACUAACCAAGGAGAUGGCUGUUGACCUGGGGAGUAGCAGUAUUGUAUUUAAACAUGAAUAAUUUAGCUCAGUUCUCUAGUAUGAACAAAGCCACAGUAGUAUUGUGCAUGAGUGCUGAGGGUCCUGCAAAGAGUUACAUGUGACAUUAAUUGUAAUGGAAGUCAACAAGAUUUCUCACCUGCAUGUGUAUGACUCUUUGUAGCAUUGAGGGCCUAUAUUGUUUGUGCCUCAAUGCAGAUUUUCAUGAUGUGUCUGAAAGAGCAGUUAAGAAGUAUUUAACAUUUUUAAUUAACACAUUUUAAUGUUUUAAUAAUUUUUUCAGCCCUGGACUAUAAAGGCUUUGAAGGGGCAGUAACACACAUCAGAUCUGCCAUACCCAGGACACUGGUGCUUGGAGCUAAUAACAGGAGUGAAUCAGCUUGGGGUGGUUCAUUGCAUCAUAAGUGGAACAUAAAGGAAAUGCUUGUAACACAGUUGGAUGAGGAAAAACCCAUUGCCUAGGAAGAGAAAAUACAUUGAUGGACAGUCUGUACUAGAGCCAUGGGAUGUGGCACUUCUGUGACUGGGAGUCGGGCAAAAAAGUCAGAGAGAGCAAUAAAAGCAGCUAUCCUCAUUCAGAGGUGGUAUCGGUGUUACAUGGCCCGGCUGAAGAUGAGGCGGCAGUAUGCUCUUAGUAUCUUUCAGUCAAUUGAAUAUGCUGAAGAACAAGCUCAGUUACAGCUGUCCAGUUUUUUUACAUUCAUGCUGGAUCACUUUACUCAUCUCAACGAGACUGAUACAGGUUCGGAUGUACAAUUACUAGAAUAUGAGCGGAUGAUAGAGAUCCCAGACUCCUACCAUGGACCUCAGCUGUCAUUUCCCCUGACUGUUGCGGACACUAAUUCACUUCUUCAUGCUUUCAAGGAUCAACAGCAUCUUCAUGCCCGCUAUGUCCUACAGCUGCUACACGAAACCAAAAAACUGCUUAAACAGAUGCCUAACAUCAUUCAUCUGUCAACCUCCUACUCCAAGGAGAUAACCAUCUGUGGUGAUUUGCAUGGAAAACUGGAUGAUCUUUUGCUGAUAUUCUACAAGAAUGGCCUGCCUUCAGAAGAAAACCCUUACCUUUUUAAUGGAGAUUUUGUGGAUAGGGGAGAAAAUUCCAUAGAAAUACUUAUUAUCUUGUUUGCCUUUCUUCUUGUCUACCCCAACCAUUUACACUUGAACAGAGGGAACCAUGAAGACCAUAUUGUGAAUCUGAGAUAUGGUUUCACAAAAGAAGUUAUGAAGAAGUACCGGUCCCAUGGCAAAAAAUUUUUAAAUCUUCUGCAAGAUGUUUACAGCUGGCUUCCCCUUGCCACUGUAAUUGACAGCAAAGUACUAAUCGUACAUGGAGGAAUAUCAGACACCACUGACUUGGAUUUCCUGAAUUCAUUUAAGAGAAAUAAGAUGAAGUCUGUGCUGAGACCACCAAGGCAGGAUAUUGCUGUCAAAGGAAUGACCAGGCCUUCAUCAUCAUCUAGCCAUAGAAGACAAUACACCAGUGAUCUGUUGGAUGUUGGGAAGCACAUGUGUCUACUUCAUGAUGGUGUGAACUCUGGCCCACUCCUAGAGGCACCGUAUCUAGAGUCCAGUGUUUGUAUGCCAAGCAUGCCUUCAGAAUUAACAGCAAAGGAAUGGAAACAAGUGGUUGAUAUUCUUUGGAGUGACCCAAAAAACCAAAAUGGCUGCACACCAAACAAAGUUCGAGGAGGUGGUUGCUACUUUGGGCCUGAUGUUACCGCCAGGCUGCUUAAACGGUAUAAUCUGAAGAUGCUGAUCAGGUCUCAUGAAUGUAAACAAGAAGGUUAUGAGAUCAGCCAUGAUGGGCAGGUUAUCACUAUUUUUUCUGCCUCUAACUACUAUGAAGAUGGCAGCAAUCGUGGUGCUUAUCUAAAACUGAGUCCUGAUUUGAUACCUCGCUUUGUGCAGUAUCAAGUCAGCAAAUGGACACACAAACAGACUCUUCACCAGAGGGUGAGCGUAGUUGAAUGGUCUGCAUUAAAGUCAUUACGAGAGAAACUUUACUCCCGGAGAUCAGAACUCAUUGCAGCUUUCAGACAGUAUGACCCAAAUUACACAGGAAAAAUUUCUGCCACUGAAUGGGCCUCAGCAAUGGAAUCUGUUUUACAUCUGGAUCUCCCGUGGAGGACUCUGCGUUCUCGGUUGGUGCAGCUUGCUCCAGAUGGAAGUGUCGAGUAUCUUUCAUGUUUUAAUGAUUUAGAAAUAGAGCCACCCAUAAAAGAGGUUCAACCAGCUUUGGUGGAAACCCUGUACAGAUACAGAACUGACCUGGAGAUAAUCUUUAACAUCAUUGACAAAGAUCAUUCAGGUCUGAUUUCCAUUGAGGAAUUUCGCCAGACGUGGAAACUCUUCAAUUCUCAUCUCAAAAUCGACAUAGAUGAUGAAUCCAUUGACAACCUAGCCCGCAGCAUUGACUUCAACAAAGAUGGCAACAUUGACUUCAAUGAAUUUUUAGAGGCCUUUCAUGUAGUUAAUAAAUUUGAAAACAAGUAGAACCAGAAUUAAUUUCAGAAGUUCUUGUUCAGAGCUUCACUAUCUGCCAAUGAUGAUAUGCUGCACUGAGAAAUGUAAUGCCUGUCUGAGAAAGAAGGGACUGCAUGGUAAACAUAUGAGGUGGAGAACCAGAAGCAUGGUGCUGUUUGGGGAAGUCAUUUCUUAGCCAGUUGUAAACUGUGGACAGCUGCUAGACUGGAGAAUAUUAAUGAUGAGAGAGAAGAGACGAAAAACUUUAACAUGCUUCUUAUGAAGUAGUCGCCUGAUGGUAGAGCAGAACACUGCCAUAUUAGCAACUUGUUUGAUUCCAGUCCUUGUUUCUUUAUCACCUGACCAUUGGGAACUUGAUCACUGCCAGUGUAGCUCCUUUAACCCUGUGGGAAGUUAAGAUGAACUUCUUUGUGUGGCUCAACAACAGUCCUCACAGAUUAGAAGAAUUGAUGUACUCUAAAGGAAGUCCUUUCUGAUAGGGAAAAGUAGAGAGAUCCUUCGGACCAGCUAUCCUAUGAUUGAAAACUGAGAGGAGAAACACCCAUUUACAGAAAUUAUUCUACAUUUAAACUAGUAUUUUGCAUGAAGAUAAUAAAUUAAUAAUUUCAGCUCACUACUACCUCUUUUACUAUUGUUUACAUACAUAGCCUAUUAUUUAAAUACAGAAAGUGCUUGCUCUUGUUACUGAUUCCCAUGUACACUAGGGUAGUUAAUAAACAUUCUUUUGAAAAGCCUGCCCUUAUGUGUUUUUUCUGAAUAGGUCUCAUAUGAUAAGAAUGGAGAUCCAUUAAGUUUAAACUCAAAGAACGUUACUGUCUUGAAUGGGCAUAAAUAUGUGGUCAAUAACAGAAUAAAAAUCUUAGCUUUCAAAGCAAUUAGAAAUGCGAUAUAUUAUCCUGCUUCACUGCUCUUGGUAUUAUAUGGUUCACACAGUAGAAUGUUGAUUUCCUUCAUAAAUAACUUGAGUAUUUUAUUAAAGAGGAAUUGAUUAAGAAAAUGAUGGUAAUAAGGAAGCUUGGUGGCACUGAGCAUGAGAUGCUUCAACAUAGCAAAGAAAAAAUUCUUGGAUUUGAACAUCAUAUGGAAUGGGGUCAUGGAACACAGCAAUACAAGAGGUUUAGAUUCCAAGAAAGCAACGUGUGAGAUAUUAAGAAAAUGACUGAGCUUGGUGCAGUGGGAGGAAGUAUUUCAAUGUAUGUUUGGAACAAUACUGGAACAUUCUGUGCCAUCAUAAACUGCAACAAAUGAUACUUCCUCUGAAAGAGAAUAAAAGAAAGAAAGAAUAAUAGGUGGCCAGUGUGACUCUAGAAGGGACUGCUUAGUGAUAUUAAGGUUAACAGAAGAAAUAGUAUUUGUAUGUGCAGAGAAUUAGCUUGCAGAAAAGCAGAAUCAACUAGUGUGAUACAAAGGGGAUAAGUGGAGUAAUAAAGGCCUAUAAGUGAGCUUGUCAAGUCUUACUUUAACAACAAAAUGUUCUGGCCAUUGGCCUAAUCCCACUCUCACUGAAGUCUAAGAACAUUUUUCCAUUGACUUCAUUGGAAGGAUCAGCGCCAGUUAGAAGCACUGAAGACCUUGUGAGUAUUGCAUGA